UUGUAUAUAAAGCGCUAAUCACAUAAUGAUCAUGACCAUGGAACAUUAUGCUACUCACUCGAUUCGGCACAUCACCAACCGAUGAUACCAGCUCUUGCCGGAUAAUGCAUGUUAUUACCCCGCUACCCCACCAACCUCAUGGACGCCAGUGGCUAGCCUUACGAUCUGCAACUCGAUACGUAUACAAAAGCCCGUCUUACGAAGACGUCAACUCGUUUCCUUACCGACUUUUGGAAGGACUCUGUUGCCAGCUUUAGCCUUGAUUGAACACCGGAAUUGCCAGAUUCACAUCUUCGACCCGAAAUCAUGGAGCAACGAACCAGACCCCCCUUCGAAGACCUCCCUCUGGACAAGGAAGGGCCUCCAGGCAACGCAUGGGGCCUGUACGGCUUCGACGACGAGCUGGGCGCGCUCAACAUGAUAACGCCCUCGACCGUGCGCGCCGCCGCCCUCGAAAUCCAGACCGGCGAGCGCAUCUCCCUCGACUGGUCCCUCAACCUGCCGUCGCACCCGUCCUUCAACCGCCCGCCCUUCGGCUGGCGCAUGGAAAACCGCAAGCACCCGGACGGCACCCGCCGCACUGUCAACGACGACCACCUCGACAUCAACACCCAGUCGUCCUCCCAGUGGGACGGCUUCCGCCACUACGGAUACCAGCAGGCCGCCCGCUACUACGGGGGGCGCACGCAGGCCGACAUCGAGUCCACGGGGAUCAUCGGGAUCGACCGUAUUGCGCACUCCGGCGGCAUCACGGCGCGCGCGGUGAUUCUGGAUUACCCGCGGUUCUUGCAGAAGGCGGGGAAGGAGCAGGCGAAUGCGUUGUCCAGCCAUGCGAUUACGGCGACGGAGCUGAAGGCCAUGCUCGAGCAGACCGGUGUGCAGCCGCGCGACGGGGACCUGCUGCUGGUCCGGUCGGGGUUCACCGAGCAGUAUGGCAAGCUGAGUGAGGAGGGGAGGAAGGAGUUGGCGGAGAAGCCGCCGGCGUUUGCGGGCGUGGAGAGCACGAAGGAAACGCUGCGGUGGAUCUGGGAGAGUGGGUUUGUAGCUGUUGCUGGCGAUGCGCCGUCCUUUGAGAUGGCGCCUCUCGUAGGCGACCACAACAAGCCCGGCGGCAUCUGGAAGGGCGAAGAAUGGGAAGGUGAUAUGCAAGGCGGCGGUCUUGUGCACCAGUGGCUGCUUGGUGGGUGGGGUGUUAUGAUCGGCGAGAUGUGGGAUUUGGAGCGGUUGUGUGAGAAGGCAGAGGAGCUGGGAAGGUGGACAUGUUUUGUUAGUAGCGUGCCACUGAAGGUACCCCAUGGUGUAGCAAGCCCGCCUAACGCUGUAGCGAUCUUUUAGUACUGAGACAGCGCUUGAGAAGACACGACUUGAUCACGCACAUAAACUUGAAGGGUGGACAUUAUUUUCCUGGGUAUGUAUUGACUUUGAUUACUGUGACAAACGCAUGAGCUUCGCACUCUGAACGAAGGAAAACUCCUAGCCAUGCCACCUUGUACGCAAAUAUCACAAACACUGUUCCAGAUCUUUCCGUCAGCUUCCAUGAAUCUUC